GUGAUUCGGAAUAUUCAACCCGCAGUAUCUUAUCCACUCCCUCCCCCCAAUAUUCUGUACAGUACUUCACCGCCGCCGGCCGCCGUUCUUCUCCGCCCUUCCGCCGCCGUGGUCGAUCCGGGAGACGGUGCUGGAUAGUGUGGCGGCGUACCACCACCAGCAGCGGAUGCGCCGUAAGUUCCGCAAGAGCCUCUCCUACACUGGGGAGCUCGCGGGCCGAGCAGUCGCUUCCUCCUCCUCCCCCUCCGCCUCACUCGCGUCACUCGUCGGGCCCGUGGACGACGACGAGCCUUUCUGUGACAAGGAGGAGGGGCCCAUCGAGCUCAAGCAGUUCGACGCCAAGCGCGUCAACAACGUCCUCAUCCUCAUGAGCGACACUAGCGGGGGGCACUGCGCCUCCGCCGAGGCCAUCAAGGACGCUUUCCGCAUUGAGUUAGGCGACGACUACCGGGUCUUCGUCAAGGAUCUCUGCAAGGACCACGCCGGCUGGCCGCUCAACAACAUGGAGAGCUCCUACAAGUUCAUGGUGAAGCACAUGCAGCUCCGGAAGGUGGCCUUCCACGGCACAUCGCCCAAAUUUUUCCACAACUUCUACCUCGCCGCCCUCGCCUCCUUCUACUCCAACAGGGAGAGGGUUCAGAGUAGGGGUGGCGGGGGCGUUUAAGUUGUACUGGCAGUCUGCCAUCGGCAGGGCCCUCAUGGAGACACUGGACGAGAUGGUCCUUAGCCCCGAUCUUGCCAUCAGCGUCCAAGUACAGUUCGACGAGGUCUGAUUGGCACUUGCUUGUCUGCGAAUCAAUCGGCAGGACCUAUAAUAUCAGUAAAUUGUGUGUUUUUGGUUGUUUUUUCAUCCUGGUCUUCUUGUUUCAUUCAGUUCAUGAGCAGUGGACAACCAGCUCAAGAGCAAGGCCUUUUUCAAGGUACCAACCAUAAUGGCACAUCUCUUUUUUGUGCCACACAUUCAUCACUACAUUGUACAAAUUCCAUGGGAAUAAUGCUAAAAUAACAUGUUGUUGCUACAUUUUAGUGUAACGGUACUGAUGCAGAUGACUUGUGUGCUUGAUUAUGGUUGGCUUGUGUGCUUAAUUAUGAAGUUAAUUACUCGGCAGCACAUUUAUUUUCCAAGUCGCCACAGGGAAUUAUUCUUUUGGGAUCAUAUUUAUUCUCCGCAAAAAAUAAUCUCAACUUGCUUAAUGGCCACAUUUGUCGGCAGAACCGGAUAUCUUUAAAUGGAAACUGCAUCAGAGUGGGUAGUUUUCGGUCAAAUCUAUGUAUGAUGCAUUGGUUUAUAACGAGGUUCCAAUUGACAAUAGAAAAUUGUGGAAACUGAAGAUUCCUCUAAAAGUGAUAAUUUUCCUAUGGUUUCUCAAUAAAGGAGUUAUCUUAACUAGGGACAAUUUGGCACGACGAAACUGGCAAGGUUGCAAAAAAUGUGUUUUCUGCCACCAUGAUGAGUCCAUUAAGCACUUUUUUUAUUGCAAGUUUGCUCGAUCUGUAUGGGCCAUUGUCCAAAUAGCUUCGAAUCUAUAUGCUCCACGUAGUGCACGGAAUAUGUUCCGCAAUUGGU